AUGUGUCCUAAUCUGGUUUGCCUAACAUGGAUUCUACUUGCAAUUUCAACUCAGCAGGAGAUGCUGGUAGAAGGCAAAAUGAAGGUUGUUGUUGAGUCAUUCGAAACCAGAAGUGAUCACGAAUUUGUCGAAUACUUUCGCCAAGUUCCCGGUAAUAAAUUACUUUACACUUUUCGCGUUGUGAAACCGGCUCCAGCAUUUUCUAUUAACAUAUUCACACGCGCGUUAAAAAAUCACCAAUUAAUGUACAAUAUUUCUCUGGACGGCUGCCAGUUUCUGAAGAAUCCACUUUUUAAGAAAGUAUUGGGUGAAGUCUAUCGAAGUAUGCUUGUGAACGAAUCAUUUACUUGCCCUAUGAAACCAAAGAUUUACUUCAUAAGAAGUCUAGUUGUAACCUUAAAGUUACCCUCAUUUCAUCCCGCUGGUCAGUUCCAAUAUAAAAUGAGGGUUAAAAUGCCACAGAGUAAAGCACCAUUUGUUAUGGAAAUUAAUGCGAAAUACAAGGUAGUCAUUUUGAGAACAUAA